AUGGGGGAAGAACAACAUAAAUGGUUGUCCAAACUUUUAGGGUUUGACUUUGAGGUUAAGUACAAACCUGGAAGGGAAAACAAUGAUGCAGAUUCCUUAUCCAGACAAAUGCAUUAUGCUCACAUCACAACCAUUCAAUGUGAAGCUUGGGAAGGGUGGGAAGAUGAAGUACAUAAAAAUGAUAAGAUAAAAGUUAUUAUGCAGACACUAGUAUCAGACCCUUGUAGCCAUAAAGGGUUUCAACUUAAAGGGGGAAGAUUAUAUCAUAAAGGCAUAGUAGUGAAUCCAAAGCAAUCACCAAGAGUGGCUUGGAUUCUCAAUAAGUUUCAUGAUACAGUUGUAGGUGGACACUCUGGACCACGGUUGUCAAAAUCGGGAUCUCAAUAA